AUGUGGUGCAAAUCUGAUCUCUACAAGAUCCAGGAGGAGAAACCCUCUCUGGCAGCCCUCCUUCAGGAAAGUCUGGACAAGAUCCAGCUCACCCGCCGCAUCCUCGACUUGAAACAGGAGGAGCAGCAGUUCCAGAGUCUGCACGAGGAGCUGAACGGCCUGGGCCAGAAGCUGGAGAAACAAGGCAAAAGCGAGAGCAGGAGCAUCUCUGCCCGGCGCAAGCACCUCAACAAAAUGUGGCUACGGCUCCAGGGGACCCUGAAGGAGCAUCACGAGGCUCUGCAGCUGGCUCUGGAGGUAGCUGCCUUCCUCCAGCAAGCAGAUACCCUUCUCGCAGCCAUCCACGCCAAGUGGAGGAGUGUCUGCGAUGCGGGAAAGCAAGGGGAGGCUGAGCCAGGCCGGGAUCGGGAUGUCAGAGACAUGGCCAGCCAGGUGAUGAUGCUGGAUGUGACAGUUUCCCAGCUCCUCAGUCUUCAGCCCAGCCUGGCAGCGCAAGUCACGCACAAGCACCGAGAUGUCAAGGAGAGUUGGGCUCAGCUCCAGCAGGUGCUGAGGAAUGAGAAGUCUCCUGCGCUGGCUCCAUCGAGCAGCUUCUCAAGGGGCGAAGCUGCUGCUCUGAACCAUGAGUCCCGAGGAGACGGUAGCAGCCAUGGGGCAGCGGGCAAGGAAGCAGGAGACAAGCAGAAAAGAGGUCCUGGAAGCACAGUACAGAAGGACGUUGGAAGGAGCGUGGCGGAGCAUGCGAGAGGCGAGGAGAGCGGCCCUGGCUGUCCCACAGCCGGGCAACCCCCUCCCGGAAGCGACAGCAAGAGGAGGAAGAGGGUGCCAGGACGCCCGGAGGGCGAGUGGGGCACCCAGCAGCCGGAGGCCCAGGUGCAGGACUUCUGCCAGGCUGCGAACGCGGCCAUGUCCCGGCUCAAGGAGAACGUGGGUCCCAGCAUCCACCUGCAUCCAAUGGAGGAUGCAGAGAGCCUGGAGGCAGCGCAGACGCAGCGGGCCGCACUGCAGCGAGAGAUCCUGGACAACACCUCCAGCAUCGAGGCUGUGCUCCUGGAAGGGCAGAAGCUGCUGGGUGCAGGGGCCCGGGGAAGCCCGCAGGUGGAGGCCAUGCUGCAGGAGCUGGGGGAGCUCUGGGAGGACCUGCAGAGGAAGCACCAGGAGAACGGGGCUGUGCUGAGGGAAAUUGAUAAGGGGGUGUGGACCUGGCCUGACCUCCACUUGGAUCAGCGAGCAAGGGACCGGGAGGAGGCGGGGCAGCUGGAGAGGCGGCUCGUGGUUUGUGGCCUCAGACUCCAGGCCCUGCGGGAGGAGGUGGCGGAUGAGCCUGCUACAGAGCACGAAGCAGCGAGAAAGAUGCAGAAGAAAGUGGAGAUGGUGGAGGAAAAGCUGGCGCGCGUGCAGACAGCCCUGCGGCGCCGGGCUGCAGACCUGCGCGACUCCCUGGUGCUCUCCGAGUUCCUGCAGAACGUGCAAGAGGAGGAGGAGGCACGCAGCCGGCACCAACCCGCUCCGCCAGGGAGUGGGCAUCGUCACUCGCAGGGGUCUUUGCCCCUGCUCUCGGCCCCAGCAAGGCAACUGUCAUGCAGCGAGGACAUGAGCAGCCCCUUGGGACAGCUGCAGGAGGCUGUGGAGAUGCUGAACGAUGCAGUGAAGGAGCGAGAGCGUGUUGUGGAGGCAGCGGCGGAGAUGGAAAGCCUGGAGCGUCUGCUGGCAGAGGUGUCCCCAUGCCUGGAGGCCAUCCGAUGCAGAGCCGAAGCCCUGGCUCGAGAUACUGCCCAAGCGGAGAACGAUUUUGCCGUGGUGAAGAGCGAGAAAGACCUCCAGGGGCUGCAGGGCUUGCUGAGUCGGCAACAGGAGAUGGAGUGCGCGGUGACAGAGACCCUGCAGGGGCAGCUGGAGGAGCUGGAGAGGGCUGCUGCCCGCUUGGAAAAGCUCUGCCCUGCUCGGAUGCGCACCAUCGGCCCAGAGGUGCAGGGAGCCCUGCAGGCCUGGGAAGGACUGCAGAAGCUGCUAAGAGAGAACAAGGCCCACGUGCAACAGGCUGGCCGGCUGCGGCAGUUCUUCAAGGAUUAUUUAGCCAUGAUCUCCUGGACAGAGGACACGCGGGCUCAGAUCUUCUCAGAAAGCCCAGGCAGCCAUGGCUUUUUGGACACUCAGUGUGAGGAACUGGAGAGGAAGAUUGAAGGCAAGUUGAAGGAGUUUGAGGAGCUGGCGGCAGCGGGGCAGACGUUGGUGUCUGAGGAGCACUAUCUGAGUGAGACGAUAAAGGAGCGCAUGGAGGAGCUGCAGAGCAUGCUGGGCUGGGUGCUGGUACGUUGGCGAGCACAGAAACACCAGCGGGACCCUGGGACCAAGCUAGAGGACAGAAAGAACUCUGAAAAUCCCUUGGAUGCGAGGGAGAAGUGUGUCCCAUGCGUUCAGUCCUGUGCGGAGAGCAUGCUCAGCCUGAAAGGGCUUGCACCCUGCUCCCUCUCUGAAUCUGCACAAGGAUCAGAGCUGCAGCUGCGGGUGCUAGAAGAAACAGCCAUCUCCCCUCCAGCAUCACCCCUCUCUGAUGCCCUAUUGGGACUGGAGCCUGGCAGCUCGGUGCCCCAUGGCACGGGACCCCCUGCGGAGGAGGGUUUUGUCUGGGAUCCCUCUGAGACCUCCAUGGUGUUGCUGCCACCACGGGGGACCAGCAGCCUCGGGGGGACAGUCAACCUGAUCCUGAGCAUUGGCAAGAAAGGAGAGAAGAAACAGCCGCAGCUGGCGUCGGGCAGAGAACAGCCUGGGGAGGAGGCUCCGCAGAUGCUCUCUGCCACUAAACCCUCAAGCUGUAAAACCUUUUGGAAGCGUUGCCAGGGGCUUUUAGGAAACACUUGGGGUAGUUUAAAGCGAAAGAGAAAGCCAUCUCGCCAGUCUAUGGAAGAGAUCCCCAAAGAGUAG